AAUGUUGAGUGUCUCUAUAGCCUCCUCCCUGGAGAUUAGGCCUCACCACACAUGCACCCCCUCCCUCCCCACUUCAUUCCAAUCCAAAGUAUGCCCCCUAAGAGCUGCAGCAUUUUUAUCUGAGCCUGGUGAUUGUGACAGAUUGGCCAAAUGACACACACAUGCAUAGAAACAUUGGUGAACACACACACACACACACACACACGUCCUGAGGCACAAACAGAGGGGCGAAGCAGGGCCGCCUGGGGAGGAGGGAGGGGCCACGAGGACAGUACCGAGCUCUUGCUAUAAAACCCUGUCGGGAUGAGGCCAGUGUUCUGCCCUGAUCUGGACAGUACCUCCUCCAUCUGUGCCAGGACGCCGUCAAGACAGGCAGCAGACGAGCCCCCAACAUGAACGACAUCUACAAAGCAGCGGUUGAGCAGCUGACUGACGAACAAAAGAAUGAGUUCAAGGCAGCCUUUGACAUCUUCGUACAAGAUGCAGAGGACGGCUGCAUCAGCACCAAGGAGCUGGGGAAGGUGAUGAGGAUGCUGGGCCAGAACCCCACGCCAGAGGAGCUGCAGGAGAUGAUUGAUGAAGUGGAUGAAGACGGGAGCGGCACGGUGGAUUUCGAUGAGUUCCUGGUCAUGAUGGUGCGGUGCAUGAAGGACGACAGCAAGGGGAAGACAGAGGAAGAGCUCGCCGAGCUUUUUCGCAUGUUUGACAAAAAUGCAGACGGCUACAUUGACCUGGACGAGCUGAAAAUGAUGCUGGAAUCUACAGGAGAGGCGAUAACCGAGGACGACAUCGAGGAGCUGAUGAAAGACGGGGACAAGAACAACGACGGCAAAAUUGACUACGACGAAUUCUUGGAGUUCAUGAAAGGCGUGGAGUAAUCCUGAACAAGAGAAGACGCAGAUUGUUAUUUUUGUAUUUCUCUCGCAGAAAAACUGACUCCGGAUGCCAGUGGAGAGAUAUUUGGGACGACUUUGCAAAAAUUCUGUCAAAUACUGUGUCCGAACAUUUCUGUAUUUUUCUACCAUCACUUGCAUUGUUGUAAAUACAGAUUGUACCUAUAUAAUUCUGGUUCCCGUGUAUACUUAAUUUGUGUAAAUGUAUCUUUUUAUUUUAUUUUCUAGAGGGGGGAGCCACUCAGAGUACAACAGUUUGGCCAGUUUAUAAAAAUCUUCUUACAGAGAAGCUGAGAUGUGUGUGUGUGUGCACGAAGCAAAUCCAUGAAUUAGUGUUGUUUUACACCAGGCUCUGACAGCAGAGUCUGUAACCUGUACAUGUUAUGAUGUGUAUUUUUAAUUGACGCCCUCAGGGGUUUUUAUUCCUCCUCUCAUGCCCCUAAAAUGUCUGCAUAUUUCUACAUGACAAGUCUGUUUGGAAUAUCAUGCACUCAUGGAAUAAAUGAAGAUGCAUUUGUCAAAA